GCGCGCACAGGCUGCACAAUCAGCGGAGGGUAAAAGUGAAGCCAAGCCAAGAAAAAUAGACUCCAUUAAUAGACGGAGGAUUGGAUUAUUGAUUAGCACCAGUUGACUUCAUCGAAGGUUGUGUUGUGGCAGGAUUUUCCCUGGCUAAAGGGCACGAGCUGCCAUGCCAUUUGGCUGUCUGACACUCGGCGAGAAGAAGGAUUACAACAAUCCCUCAGAGAUCACUGACAAAUAUGACCUCGGACAGAUUGUUAAAUCGGAGGAGUUUUGUGAGAUAUUCCGGGCGAAGGAUAGGACCACCUUGAAAAUGUACACCUGUAAAAAGUUCCACAAAAAGGAUGGGAGAAAAGUGAGGAAAGCUGCCAAGAACGAGAUAAUGAUCCUAAAGAUGCUAAAACAUCACAACAUCCUCCAGCUGGUCGAUGCCUUUGAAACUAAGAAGGAGUACUUCCUUUUUCUGGAGCUUGCUACAGGCAGAGAGGUGUUUGACUGGAUCCUAGAUCAAGGCUAUUACUCUGAGAGGGACACCAGCAACGUGAUGAGGCAGGUGUUGGAGGCUGUGGCCUACCUGCACUCUCUGAAAAUAGUCCACAGAAAUCUUAAGCUGGAGAACUUGGUGUACUUUAAUCGUUUGAAGCACUCCAAAAUCGUCAUCAGUGACUUCCAGCUGGCUAAACUGGAGAAUGGACUCAUCAAGGAUCCAUGUGGGACUCCAGAAUACCUUGCUCCAGAGGUGGUUGGGAGGCAGAGAUAUGGACGGCCUGUGGACUGUUGGGCCAUAGGUGUCAUCAUGUAUAUACUUUUGUCUGGAAACCCUCCAUUCUAUGAUGACUCCGAUGAGGAUGAUCCUGACAAUCGGGAUAAGAACCUUUUCCUCAAGAUUUUGUCUGGAGAUUAUGAGUUUGAUUCACCAUAUUGGGAUGACAUUUCAGAUUCUGCCAAAAACUUGGUGGCUUCUUUGAUGGAAGUGGACCAAGAUCAGCGAUUGACUUCUCAGGAAGCCAUUGCCCAUGAAUGGAUUUCUGGAAAUGCAGCCUCAGACAAGAACAUCAAGGAUGGCGUUUGUGCACAAAUAGAAAAGAACUUUGCAAAAGCCAAGUGGAAGAAAGCCGUUAGAGUGACCACCUUGAUGAAGAGACUCCGGGCCUCUGAGCAGGGAGAUGCCGCUGCAACAGGGGCUGCAGCUGACCCCAAUGCACCCAGCGGUGCCGCAGCUGCUCCUCCACCAGGCAGCAGCGGCAGCUUUGCUGCCAGCAUUAAGGCUGCUCUUAGUGAAAAGGCUUCUGACACACAGACUGCAUCCAACCCUGCACUCCCCCUGCCUGUUGGAGCCAGACAGGAGGAGCAGCCACAGGUGCGCUGCAAUGGAGAUGUUCCUCAGAUGUUGCCGCAAAACAAGGGAGACUAGGGGUCACACCAAUAUGAGCAGAGACCCUCGUCCAACAACAAGCACAUGUGCAGUAGAGCCAAUACAUUUGGCAUGAGAAAACCAUGUCUAUGCUGUUUAACUAACCCCCAGUUUGCAGUUUUUCACAGCUUCAUGCUUUUACCAUCCUCUUAGUCUUGAUUGGUCUUUUGAAUAGUGUUCUCCACUCUCCCUUGUUAAUUUGUGUAGAGGUCCCUUUAAAGCUAGUCGCAAAGUAGCUCCUAUGUUGUUUCUUUUCCCUAAAACUGUAAAAACUCAUUGUGUAAAUUAGUAAAAUCAACUCAUCUGUAGUCAUCAGCUCUUUGUAUAGAGGUGUAGUUGUCUGUUUAAGCAAAUUGCUAUUUUUUAGCUUAGAACUUACUAGUCUAAGUUCACAUCUUGUUACUUAAAAUUAUGAGUUGAAAGAAUUGGGAAAUUAAUAAUACUGAGAUUUUAAAAAUAUGUACAGUACAUUUAUUGCAGUAUUAUCCAGAAAGCCUAUUUAUUUUAGAUUAUAAAACACGCUUAGAAUUGGAGAACGCCAUAUCUUAAAAUUUUAAAGAUUUAUGAUACAUUUACCUCAUUACUUAAAAAAGUAUUAAUUAAAAUGUGACAAUCACUUUAAGAUCAUUAAAAGAUGGAUUCACCUUGAUUAGGGUUGUGCAACUUCAGUCAGCUUACAAUUUUAUGGCAGCAAGAAAGCAUACUUUUAAGUUAAAGUGCCUUAAUAUUUGUUGCAGUUAUGUACUAAAAUGUUUCAAACAACUGAAUUAUAAUUACUUAGCAAUUUUUUUGAAAUGUUUUAGCUGUUUUCAUUUCUCUUCUGUUUAGUUCAAUGCUGCUGUAUUGAUACUUGUGUUCUGUCUUCUUACACACCGAGAUUGAAAUACAGAAAGCUACUUUUAGAGCAUUGUAUGUGGAGUGGUGUUUUAGCUGUUGUUGUUGUGUUGUCACUUGUAAUUAGUAAAUUUCAGAGGUUAUAGCUGAGUCCAUAACAUGUACCACUAUGUAUAUUUGCAUUGUAUACAUGUGUAUUUUUUUAUUUGUGUAUUUAGCAACAUUUAGCUGAGCUAACAAGUUGCUACAACGCUUGUGAAUGAAUAAAAUGAGCAAUACUCUUAUUGCUGAA